UCGCCGCCGCUCGCGGUCCCUCUUCUCUUCGGCGGAGCGGCUUUCAGCACCGUCCCCUCUUUGCUUCUCUCUCCACAGAAGCCGCAAGCAUCCAUGGUGGACUUGGAGGUUCUCUUCCUGUCGGCCAUUCCGUCCAUCAGCUGCCCGCAGGACGCUCUCAUCUGCUUCCUGCACUGGGAAGUGGUGUCAAACGACUACUAUGUCUUGGGCAUCCACGACCAGCCAGGUCCCGAUGAUAUAAAGUCAAAACUACUGCCAGCUAAGUGGAACAGCAAUAAAGAAGUGUAUGCCUUCCGGUAUGAGUCUAAGGAUGGAGCCAGAAAACUUCUUCUGAAAGCUGUCUCUGUGGAGAAAAACCUGGUCAUCUACGUGAUGGAACGUAACACAAUGCAAAUAGCAGACUUGACUCUGAACGUAGAUGAUUAUAUUGAUGCAGAAGACCUGAGUGAUUUCCGCAGGACCUAUAAGAACACUGAGGAGCUUCGGUCUCAGAUCAGAUCUGGAAUUAUCACACCUAUCCAUGAGCAGUGGGAGAAGGCUGGUGCAAACAGUCCCCCGAGGGAGUUUCCACCUGCCACUGCCAGAGAGGUGGACCCACUCCGGAUUUCCUCACACCGUCCUCAUACUAGCCGGCAGCCUGCUUGGCGUGAUCCCCUGAGCCCAUUUGCUGUCGGGGGAGAUGACCUAGACCCUUUUGGGUGUCAGAGAGGUGGCAUGAUUGUGGAUCCUCUGAGAUCUGGCUUCCCAAGAGCACUUAUUGACCCAUCGUCAGGCCUCCCAAACCGGCUUCCUCCUGGUGCUGUGCCCCCAGGAGCUCGCUUUGACCCCUUUGGACCUAUUGGGACCAGCCCAUCUGGACCUAAUCCUGACCAUCUUCCCCCACCGGGCUACGAUGACAUGUUCCUGUGAAGGCCUCAAGAAUGUAACAUCUCAGCCUCCCUUUUACUCUCCAGGAGCUACCACCACUGGCCCCGUCAGCGUCAGUAUUCUUGUGGGCUUGGGGCAGAAGAUUCUGCCCAUGUGUUUGCAGGCCUGCUAGGGUUGCAUCACCAGCCCUUGUCAGAGCCGAGGUGCCUGCUGCAGCACCCCACCAAGCUGCAUAUAGGUCCCAAGGAGAAAUUAGUGCGUCUCAAUCACCAGCUCCUUCCCACUUGCAAGGGAGACUCCGGCAACAUCAACCCUCCACCCGAUGCAGUCGUGGUCACAGCGCUAUAAGAACAGAACGCAUUUUGGAUGUUAUUAUUAAGAACCAAAUGUCAAUACAGAAUUCAUGUUGCCGGUCUUCCACUCUCCUUUUUAUGUUAAUGCACAAACUCUUAAGAGUUUGAUAUUUCAUAGGACUACAAGAUUCCUACAAGGGCAUUCUUCUCAAGCACCCUCGCUUCACAAGUUACUCUUGCUCCUGACAUCACUAAGAUGAGGCCCACCCAGGCUUUCUGGGUGGAAGUGUGAUUGGAAUCCAUGAGCCACAAGGAUGAUUUCACUAGAAAAACUGCCAUCUCCUCCCAAGGGCAUACUCAACCACUUGCUCCUGUCUGAGCAGCCUGUUGACUGUCUCCCUGGGCUUCAGUGGCCUGUAAGUAGAGGAAUAAACAGAACAGACCUGUA